AUGUAUGAUCCCUGUAUCCUGACCUACAAGAAGUACAUGUAUGAUCCCUGUAUCCAGACCUACAAGAAGUACAUGUGUGAUCCCUGUAUCCAGGCCUACAAGAAGUACAUGUGUGAUCCCUGUAUCCAGACCUACAAGAAGUACAUGUAUGAUCCCUGUAUCCAGGCCUACAAGAAGUACAUGUGUGAUCCCUGUAUCCAGACCUACAAGAAGUACAUGUGUGAUCCCUGUAUCCAGACCUACAAGAAGUACAUGUAUGAUCCCUGUAUCCAGACCUACAAGAAGUACAUGUGUGAUCCCUGUAUCCAGACCUACAAUAAGUACAUGUGUGAUCCCUGUAUCCAAACCUACAAUAAGUACAUGUGUGAUCCCUGUAUCAAGAACUACAAGAAGUACAAUCAUGUCUACAAGAAAUACAUGUAUGAUCCAUGUAUCCAGGCCUACAAGAAGUACAUGUGUGAUCCCUGUAUCCAGACCUACAAGAAGUACAUGUGUGAUCCCUGUAUCCAGGUCUACAAGAAAUACAUGUAUGAUCCAUGUAUCCAGGCCUACAAGAAGUACAUGUGUGAUCCCUGUAUCCAGACCUACAAGAAGUACAUGUGUGAUCCCUGUAUCCAGACCUACAAGAAGUACAUGUAUGAUCCCUGUAUCCAGACCUACAAGAAGUACAUGUGUGAUCCCUGUAUCCAGACCUACAAGAAGUACAUGUGUGAUCCCUGUAUCCAGACCUACAAUAAGUACAUGUAUGAUCCCUGUAUCCAGACCUACAAAAAGUACAUGUAUGAUCUAUGUAUCCAGACCUACAAGAAGUACAUGUAUGAUCCAUGUAUCCAGAUCUACAAGAAAUACAUGUAUGAUCCCUGUUUCCAGGCCUACAAGAAAUACAUGUAUGAUCCCUGA